GAUUCGUAAGGAGGCCCCUGGUGCGGUUUCCCUUUGCUCUCCCCUCUGCGGGCCCUGGCCGUACUUUAGCGGUGUCUAGAGCGUGUUCCGUUCUCGUCUACCUGCCUGACUUUCUGCAGAGGUAACUGUGGUUGGCGCAGUAGUCGGCUGUCGAAAGUGCCGGCCCCGGCGCCGGCGCCGGCUGCAGCCGGGUGGGAAGGCUCAAGAUGGCGUGCCUGUUGGAGACCCCAAUCCGCAUGAGCGUCCUUUCGGAAGUAACAGCUAGCAGUCGCCACUAUGUUGACAGGCUAUUUGACCCUGAUCCCCAGAAAGUUCUACAAGGUGUCAUAGACAUGAAAAAUGCUGUAAUUGGAAACAACAAGCAGAAAGCCAACCUCAUUGUUCUAGGAGCUGUUCCAAGAUUAUUGUACUUGCUUCAGCAAGAAACCUCAAGCACAGAGUUGAAAACUGAAUGUGCAGUGGUAUUGGGAAGUCUUGCUAUGGGUACUGAAAACAAUGUUAAGUCUCUACUCGAUUGCCAUAUUAUCCCUGCCUUACUGCAAGGACUACUGUCCCCAGACCUGAAGUUCAUUGAAGCUUGCCUCCGAUGCCUGCGCACCAUCUUCACCAGUCCCGUUACUCCAGAGGAACUACUGUAUACAGAUGCCACAGUGAUACCACAUCUCAUGGCGCUGCUUAGCAGGUCCCGCUAUACCCAGGAGUACAUCUGUCAGAUCUUCUCACACUGCUGUAAAGGUCCAGAUCAUCAAACAAUUUUAUUUAAUCAUGGUGCAGUUCAGAAUAUUGCUCACCUACUAACCUCAGUAUCUUACAAAGUUCGAAUGCAGGCACUGAAAUGCUUCUCAGUUUUAGCUUUUGAAAACCCCCAGGUAUCGAUGACCCUGGUAAAUGUUUUGGUUGAUGGAGAAUUGUUACCACAAAUUUUUGUGAAGAUGUUACAGAGGGAUAAGCCCAUUGAAAUGCAGCUCACAUCAGCAAAAUGUUUAACUUACAUGUGUAGAGCUGGAGCAAUUCGGACAGAUGACAACUGUAUUGUAUUAAAGACAUUGCCUUGUUUGGUUCGAAUGUGCAGUAAGGAGAGGUUACUAGAGGAGAGAGUUGAAGGAGCUGAGACACUCGCCUAUCUGAUUGAACCAGAUGUUGAGCUACAGAGAAUUGCUAGCAUUACUGAUCACCUCAUUGCCAUGCUUGCUGAUUAUUUCAAGUAUCCCAGCUCUGUGAGUGCCAUCACUGAUAUUAAAAGGCUUGAUCAUGACUUAAAGCAUGCUCACGAACUUCGCCAGGCUGCAUUCAAGCUCUAUGCCUCUCUCGGAGCAAACGAUGAAGACAUCCGGAAGAAGAUCAUUGAGACUGAAAAUAUGAUGGACCGAAUUGUGACUGGCUUGUCUGAGUCUAGUGUCAAGGUGCGGUUAGCUGCCGUCAGAUGUUUGCACAGUUUAUCUAGAUCUGUGCAGCAGCUUCGAACCAGUUUCCAGGAUCACGCUGUGUGGAAACCUUUAAUGAAGGUUUUACAAAAUGCACCAGAUGAAAUCCUAGUAGUAGCGUCUUCCAUGUUAUGUAAUCUUCUUCUUGAAUUUUCUCCAAGCAAAGAGCCAAUUUUAGAAUCGGGAGCUGUAGAGCUACUUUGUGGAUUAACCCAAAGUGAAAAUCCUGCUUUACGAGUGAAUGGAAUUUGGGCUUUAAUGAAUAUGGCAUUUCAGGCUGAACAAAAAAUAAAAGCAGAUAUUUUACGAAGCUUGAGUACUGAACAGCUAUUCCGGUUAUUAUCAGAUUCAGAUUUGAAUGUGCUGAUGAAGACAUUGGGCCUUCUUAGAAAUCUCCUCUCUACUCGCCCACACAUAGAUAAAAUAAUGAGUACUCAUGGAAAGCAAAUUAUGCAAGCUGUCACCCUUAUUUUGGAAGGGGAACAUAACAUUGAGGUCAAAGAGCAGACACUGUGCAUCCUAGCCAACAUAGCAGAUGGGACAACGGCAAAAGAACUUAUUAUGACCAAUGAUGACAUCCUGCAGAAAAUCAAGUAUUACAUGGGUCAUUCACAUGUCAAAUUGCAGCUUGCUGCUAUGUUUUGUAUAUCAAACCUCAUAUGGAAUGAAGAGGAAGGCUCACAAGAACGCCAGGAUAAAUUACGAGACAUGGGCAUCGUAGAUAUUCUGCACAAACUGAGUCAGUCACCAGAUUCAAAUCUUUGUGACAAGGCAAAGAUGGCACUGCAGCAGUACCUGGCGUGAUGGGAACGCCCUGGGCGCCUGCGAGCAUCCCACAUCCUUGUUAAAGGAAGUACAGGAACUAGCCUCAUUUGAUUCCUUCUAUUUGCACAAGUCACCUUGGACUGCAGGGAGCUGUUUUGCAAAAGCAAUUUGGUAGGCUUAGAUCUCAAAUUCACCUUGAGAACAUUUUUUUGAGGUAGUAAUUUCCUCAGAGGACUAUUGUGUUUUGUUUUGUUUCUUUCUGAGCUACCUGGACUCUUUAUUAGAACAAUCAAUUAUUUUCCUUUGGACCUACAAUUUUUUGCCUAUGCUGCAGCCACUUUGUGAGUGAGAAUGGCUGUGUGUGUGUGUGUGUGUGUGUGUGUGUGUGUGUGCGCAUGCGUGCAUGUGGGUCAGGAUGAAUGGACGUGUGUGUGUGAGGGAUACCUCAAAGUUUUCUUUUCUUAUUUUGUGUGAAAAUCUCUUUUCUACAGAUUUUCCAGGGUUUAAGCAUUGCUUGCUGUAUAAAAAUCUUUACUGAAUUAUAUACAGUUUGAAUGAAAUGUUAUUUUAAAAACAAAACGAUUGUUAAGUGUUCCAUAAAGGUUAUGUUGAAUUUUGGUCAGAUGAAUAUUUGUAAGUAAAAAAUAUAUGCAUUUCUGAACCUCAACUUACAUAGAUUUUCUUUAUAAAAAACAAAAAAAGAAAAAAACAAAACGAAAAGGUUGGCUAUAGUUGGCCUGAAUAACAGGCACGAUAUAUGGUGCUGUGCAAAAUAGUAAGCUAGCAUCUUAUACUGCCGUCAAUAUCAGCAGGUACAGAGCCUCUUUUCAGCCUAAUUCAAUAAGCUCUCAGGCUUCCAAGUCAGAUGGACAGGGUCGGGUGGAGUGAGGCAACAAAUGCACCACAGGUUUUCUGAAACAUCAAAGGGAAGUAUAACUACUGAUAGUGAAAGCCCAGCCAUGACUGGUGGGCUGUGCUUGGCAGGAACUGGGCACCGAGAGCCUCCCAACUGCCCUAAAUCCUGUCACUGGUAUAGCAGUAUAUGGCGGGAUUUAGAACCAGUCAUGGAACCUUAAGCUCCAACUAAAGUAGGUCAUCACUUCGUGGAAACAAAGUCCGAUCACCUUGUGCUUCCUGAAACAGCAUAUAUCACUGUGAAACUAAAGAACGUCCUACAGACGUAUCUGUAGGAAGAAGCAAAGAACAGGAUAGUUUAGAAAGCUGUUUUUCUCUUGGCUAUACUCAGCAAAUUCUAUAUACUUGUCACUCAGGACUGCUAUUCAGUGUGCUUUUGUAAAAUGAGAUGGAAAUUUUAGUAAGCGAUGCGGCUAAGAUUUUUUCCUGCAUGAAGCCCAAAGCACUGACGUUUGAGAGAAGGGAAGGGGGUCUCCCCAGGAGGACCGCAGAUGACCGCCUUUUCCAGCCACUACUGCUUAGCCCUUCGGCAGCCCUCAGCUUGGCACACGCUCCAACUUCUGGGUCCGCUUCAAGGUGAACUCAACGAGGUUGCUUUUGACUGUUUGAAGGUACAGCCAGCCUCGCUUUUCCCUUUGCUCUGCGAAGUUCAAAGGCAUCGCGGCCAGGAAGCGAGGUCUGUGGCCCAGAAGCUUGCCCUGAGUGCGUGCACCCGAUGGGUUCCCCAGCCCACCAGCCACUCCUGACGGGGCACCCCAUCACCAACCUGCUCCUUCCUUGGAAGAGUUAAAUAUGUUUGAUUGCAAAUGAAUGUUUUUAAAAUGUAUUUAAUGCCGUUUUUUUCUGUUCUCAACACGACCACCCAAGAUUCAAACACA